GCGCGAGGGCCCGGGUCAUUGGCCUCCACCGAGCCACCCAGCGGUCAUCGCGGAGCAGAGCCGCGCGUCCCAUCCCGAAGCCGACGCAGCCCGCCGGCAUGGCCCCCGCAGCGGCGUCGGGGGGCAGCUCCCUGCCCAGCGGCCUCGCGGUCUUCACCACCUUCCCCGACCUGCUCUUCAUCCUCGAGUUUGUCUUCGGGGGCCUGGUGUGGAUUCUGAUCGCCUCGUCACUGGUGCCCAUGCCACUGGUCCAGGGAUGGGUGAUGUUCGUGUCUGUGUUCUGCUUCGUGGCCACCACUACCCUGCUCGUCCUGUACAUCAUCGGUGCCCACGGAGGGGAGGCUUCCUGGGUCACCCUGGACGCAGCCUACCACUGCACCGCCGCCCUGUUUUACCUCAGCGCCUCCGUCCUGGAAGCGCUGGCCACCAUCCAGAUGUACGAGGGCUACACCUACAGGCAGUACCACGAGAACAUCUCCGCUGUGGUGUUUUCAUACGUAGCCACGCUGCUGUACGUGGCCCACGCCGUGUUUUCUUUAAUCCGAUGGAAGUCUUCGUAAAGCGGAGGAAGAACUUUAGCCUAACACCCAGAUGUGCUAACUGACAAGCCCGCCUUCCAGCAUAACUUUGUAGAAUGCAGGCAUGCUCUCCGUGGGGGAAAAAAGAAAACAAACCAAAAAAGCCCAACACUGCUUCUAUGUUUACUGUCCCACAGACCUCGUGUUGGAGUUGGGGGCCAGCCACCUUUAACCUCCAACGAGGUCUGUCUUUCUUGGGUCAUUUCCUGUUUUGGGGGGGUGGGGUGGAGGGCACCAUGGGGGUGGGAAAUGGGAGCUGUGAUCAGAGAGACCCUGGAACGAAGGCCCUGCUGACGCUGGACGGAUCUCACGAACUCUCAGAAUUGUCCCGGGCUCUCGGAGCACCCAUGUCGAGGCGUGUUUCUAAGUCUUCACGGAGAUUCUACCCGUCACCAGGAAUAAAACUCGCCCAACAAAUGUUCACAGUGUCCACGGUGGAAGAUGAUAAGCCUUCGAGACACUCCAUAAAGUGCCUUUAUGUCCA